AGAAUCUAUUCCGAGGGAUGGCGUCUUUUUUUAAUUCGUGCAGCUGUGCGUGCGUCGUUAGUCCGUGGCCAACUUCGCGGUGCACCGCCCAGAGUUACAAGAUAGUUCCCUCCCUCGAAUCGCGCGAGUUAGGGGGAAGAGCACGUUUUUCAUCCACGAUUGAAAACAGAAAACAAACUCCUCGUGGGCGUCGAAUAUUAUAAUUUGAAAACCGCCCUCGUUUUAUACUGUUUCACCCAGAGUGUUAAUUCUUACCGAUUCUCGCAGCCACUCUUAGAGGGAAAAAAUAACUGUGUAUAGUAACUGAAUACGUAGUGACGGUGAAAAUGUGAAUAUUCGAUAACUAUACUCUGAAAUAGGAUUAUUAUCCUACUUUGAAGGCUCACGAGCUUUCGCCCCAGAACCUGUGACAAAAACGUGGUUCAAGAAACUCAUUUUUUUUUUUUUAGUCUUCCUUUCCUUUCGAAUUCUAGAUAUUGCGGUAAAAAUUUUUUUGUAUGUUGAACACACCAAUCAGCGAAUGAAUAUUGCUGUGGUAGUUGAUUCAUGUUACAAAAUUGUAAUCAGUUUGUUUCCUAAUCUUGCGAGGACUGUGACAAGAUAGAAAAUUCUGCGAUGAUUUGCAAUUGAAAAAGAAAAAUAAAGUCCAAGUACACGCAAUUGUUGCGCGUCUGAAUCGCGUCAGUUGAAAUAUUGUUUGUUAUCAAAAACCCGUUCCCGUACCCGUACCAUGGCCUCGUUGCAGGUAGAGCUAAAGAGCACGUGUCUCUGAUCGUCGUGGGUAAAAGUGGGUGGAGGCUGGCUUUUCCCCGAUAUCGUUGGGUUCGCCUUUGGCGUGUGUGGUUCAAUUGUGUUGGUAAAAAGGGUUAUAUGCGUUAUCCGGCCCAGUUGCGCCCGUGUGCGUCGUUCCUGUACCCGCCGUCCUUGCGAAGCGUCGCCUUGCCGCGUCUCUCGACGCCCCGGGGCGUGGAGGGGGACGAACGACUCAGGACCGUAUGGAAAAUACAACAGAAUUUACCAAGCGCGUGUCAAGUAUCGUUUUAACCGUCCGAACUCCGUUUGCUUAGUUUUUUAUUCACACAAAUUACUCGACUAGACCAUAACUACGUGCGAGGCCGCAAUUAAUGUGUUACCGCUUCUGAUUUUCGUAGAAGUUUUUAGCACCCAAACUCGGUUAUUUACCACGCCCCUGGAUUCGAGGGAGGGACACGAAAGGAGGCGGAGGGACGCCUCUAGGUUUGGUUUAGGACGUCGGCGCCCAGCCAGCAUUGUCGUGUUUCCGUCGUGGCGGUACUUCUUGGCAACCGUAGUGAGUCUGUCAACAUCGAGAUUCAGUUUCGCUGGUAUUCGCUGGGUUCGGGGGUUGCUUCGAUUUUGUUUAACGCUCUAUUCGGUUCCGGUGGAUCAGAAUAGCGCGAUUAUUGUUAUAAAUAUCACGCGCUGUUUACUUUGCGCCAAACGCACAACCACAUACACAACGGGCCAUGGGCCAAUUUACCAUAGGAGGAGGAGACGCGAACAGGGAUAUCGUGACCGAUACCACGGAGGAAGUCGACGAGGACCACGAUCCUUUGCACAUAGAACAGCAGCAGCAGCAGCAGCAGCAGCAACAACAACAACAACAACAACAACAACAACAGCAACAACAGCAGCAGCAGCAACAACAACAACAACAACAACAGCAGCAGCAGCAACAGCAGCAACAGCAGCAGCAGCAGGAAGUAGUGGAUCAGCAGCAAGUGCAAGAACAGCAGCAGCAACAGCAAAAUGCCCAGCCACAGAUCCGGUUUUUGAGCGCUAACGUCUUGCAGCAGCUUCAGCAGCAGCAAGUUGUACAACAGCACCAACAACAACAGCAGCAGCAACACGAUGUCCAACAACAACAGCAGCAGCAGCAGCAACAGCAGCAGCAACAGCAGCAGCAGCAGCCUCAGGUUAUUACCUUGCAACAAUUGCAAAAUUUUGUGCCUUUGCAACACGCUCAACAACAAGACCAGAAUCAACAAAGAACUCAGACCAUCUCCGUGCAGGCUUUGCCCCAACAAUUUUUACAGGGUGCUCAGCUCGUCGGUGGCCAGGGGCAGGGGACUUUGCAGCACCAAGGACAACCACAGCAACAGCAGCAGCUCAGCUAUAACGUGAUUCCGCAGAUGCAGACAGUGAACAUCGAUGGCCAAGAGGCACUUUUUAUUCCAUCUUCAGCGAUGUCGGCAGCGACGAAUCACCAUCAAGCACAACCUACCAUGCAGUUCGCUACAACGGGUGGACAGCAGGUUCAACUUGCUAAUGGACAGACCAUUAUCACUCCACAACCCGUUAGUCUCAUCAGAGCCCCCAGUGUCUUCCCUACAUCUAUUAUUCAAAAUAUUGGCGGACAGACUGUUCAGUUGCCAACAGAUUCCAAGGCUAGCCUGGAUGUUUCAGGGCAGAGCGUACAGGUCCGUCCGUUGCAGUUCCCUAUGCAACAGGUACAGCAAACGGUGCCUGUUCAGGUUCCGGUUACUGUCAACAAUGGGCAAACUGUUUAUCAAACAGUACACUUCCCCGUUCAAGCACUAUCCAGUGUUUUUAAUAUGCCCACCACGCAAAUGAUUCCGCAGAUCACACAGCAAAUGCCCCAAAUGGCACAAAUCAUAACUCCCAACGGGCAGAUACAGCAAGUUCAAAUCGCGAAUCUGUCUCAGCUUCAGGGUUUACAGGGUCAGCAAGUCGCACAGCAGGUUGCCCAACAAGUUGCUCAGCAGCAAGCCCAACAGCAAGUUGUUCAGCAGCAAACCCAACAGCAAGUUGUGCAGACUGUUCAGCAACAGCAAGUCGCACAAGCUCAACAAGUUCAACAGCAGCAAGUACAACAGGUUGUACAACAGGUCAUACAACAGCAGCAACAACACCAACAACAACAACACCAGCAACAACAACAACAGCAACAACAGCAGCAACAGCAACAGCAGCAGCAACAACAACAUCAGGUUCAAAGAGUUCAACAAGUUUCCACGCCAGCGCCGACAGUAUCGACAUGGAGCACAUCGGUCAGCACGCCAAGCAAUGUUCAGGUAGUAGGAAUCGGAUCACUUGGGAGGACGGUAAAUGGAAACAUAUUAACAACUAAGGAUGGUCAGAAGAUAGAUGUCCAAACCCUUUCCUCGCUCACGAGACAACCAGACAGUAUUGAGGGCGAUAUUAAAGUGACCAGUAUCGACGCCAGCCAACUUGCCGGUAGCCAAGUUAUACACAUCCAAGCACCACAGCAACCCCAAACUGCGAUGCAGCCAAUUACGAUAACAGGUGCUCAAGGUCAACAAUUAACACUGAUCCCAGCAUCCGCUUUGACAAAUCUAACCGCUCAGGGUGGUAUGAUGCGAGGCGUGGGCAACGGCAUAAUGCAGCUUCAACCAACAACUGGAAUGAACACCAAUGGAUUCCUGCAAUCGUUCCCUGUACAAAAUAUUCCUGGAUUGGGUAACGUUCAAGUCAUACCAGCCAGUGCUUUACAACAAGCUUCGGUACAAACGUUACCGACCAAUACCGCCGGCACGCAGAUCGUCACAGCACCUGCUGUUCAUCUCGAAGGAAACGAUCCCUCCAAGUGGCAAAUUGUUCAGACGAUACCGUCCACUCCUGCGCCCAGCACUCCCGCGCCGCCUCCUCAACAGUAUCAGGCUGGGAAUACACCAACUGUUGCUGAAAACGAUCCCAACAAACAACACCGAAGGAGAGUUGCCUGCACUUGCCCGAAUUGCGGGGAUGGAGAUAGAAACAGGGAUUUGACCCGAAAAAGACAACACGUCUGUCACAUAGCUGGGUGUAAUAAAGUCUACGGUAAGACAAGUCAUCUCCGAGCUCAUCUUAGGUGGCACACAGGCGAACGACCGUUUGUCUGCAGCUGGAUAUUCUGCGGUAAAAAGUUUACAAGAUCCGACGAACUUCAGCGUCAUCGCAGAACGCAUACGGGCGAAAAGCGGUUUCAAUGUCCCGAAUGUACAAAGAAAUUUAUGCGCUCCGAUCAUCUUACAAAACAUAUUAAGACGCAUACGAAACUACGCAGUACAGACACCGAUGUGGACGAUCCUGACAGGGAUUUAGAUACCGAGGCACCUCAAGAAAAAUCUUGGCCUGUCAGCAUCAUUGCUAUUCACGGCGACAUUCCCGCAUCCCAGGAGGCUGCUACUUCAACGCAGGAAGGAUCUUCAGAUAGCCAGUCUUCGGGAGAUGAUAAAAUGAUGAUCACUAUACACAAGGAAACAGAAUCUUCUGAAAUGAAAAUAAACUGAAAGACGAAGUUGAGAAUCAUGUUUAGCAAAGUGGAAGAUCGGAUGUGCGAGGGUCUCUGGGCCCAGCACCAGCCCUAUACUCUUUGUUAUCACUUAAAUCUUUUGGUUUUACAAUCUAUUCUUCUAACUAGCAAAGAUGACCCUACGCUAGAGAGAUAUUCGCUAUCAGUUGACGCAGGUUUUUUAAUACAAAAUCUUUUUUAUACGCCAGAUUUUUAUCAUUCGUGAUAUGGGAAUUGAUGAGGAUUGUUAUAGUACAGAUGUGUACAAAACAUCUUUACCCAGGUUCUGUACAUAAGAGAAUAUAUAUCCCUAUAUAUAUAUACACAUAUAUCACCACAUAUAUGUAUAUAUAUAUAUCUAUUACAUAUAUAUAUGUAUUUUUGUAAGAUAAUCAUGUAAAUAGUGUACAUAUAAAUGAUUUUACACAAAUUUCUUAUAUUCUUCAGUUACGGAAUUAAUCGGAGUUUAUGACAUGGAGAUUUGUCAGAAUUUUCAAGAGAACGAAGAAUUAAAGCACGAGCAUUAUGAUCUAUUGACUAUUGUUAUACUGAAUUAAAUAAACAGCAAAAUCAAGGUUUA